AUAAUGCACAUGAACAGCACAUCUAACACUCAUCCAAGAUUUUUAUUGGGCUGCUUCUUUUUCUUUUUGUCUUCCUCCUUUCUGUUCUGCAACACCAAAUUCAAUCCUAAAAGUGGCCCUGUGUGUGAGAGUAUUUACCGCUAGGUGUCAGUCAUAUUACUCCACAUAUAUAAAAGUUCCUGAGUGUAUAGUGCAAGGUCAACGUGCCUCCACGCCUGUUGUUGCUCACGCGGCUGUCCGUUCUUAAAGAAGGCUAAUGGCUUGUUGAAUGGCAGUGUUCAGAUCUUUGUUUCGUUCCACUUGCUUGUCAAUCCAAAUUUCUAACUAUGACACUGAGGCUGUUGAAGGCCAGUCGCACACACUUGUGACUCCUCUAUGCAGCUGGACUGUUUUCAAUUGGGCAGCAGAAAAGUGCCGGAUUUUAUGUUGAGGAAACAACAGGUUGGAAAGGGGAAGUCAUGGCAGCAGAUAUUUUGCUAAUGAGAAAACUGAGCAGACUGAGACAAGUGACAUAUCAGAGUCACAUUGUGAAUGUUCAGAGAAGCCAACGCCAGAGUGUCACCCAGACUCACCUGAAAGAACAGAAGUAUAGCUGCACUUUGAGAACCGUCUCAACAGAUAGAGGUGCUUUAAAUUCAAUCUACAGGUUUCCUUACAUUGGCAUAGGACUGCAAAGUACUAAGCAUGUCAGGGCUCUUAAUGCGCUGAAGGACAGUGCAAAGGGCAAUGGAGCGAUCAACAAUUACAGCCAUAAAUGUUUGGGUAAAACCAGAUGCAAGGUUUUUCGAGAGCUAAUAAAGCCACAACUGCCAAAGUACAGCCAGACCUGUUCAUUCCAUCAGGAUUGUUGGCGCUGGAGCGAUGCAAAAAAAGAAGGACCUGACGCAUCCAAGAAACACAAGCAGAUGCUCAGCGAGAGCUCCAGAGAGCGCAAAGUACCGGUUACAAGGCUGGGACGUUUGGCAAAUUUUGGAGGACUGGCAGUUGGGCUGGGAUUGGGAGCUAUUGCUGAAGUGGCAAAGAAAAGCCUAAGAUCAGAUGAGAAAAAAGGGAAUAAAAAGGCUAUACUUGAUUCAAACCCGUUUGUUUCUGAGGCUAAUGCUGAGCGAAUUGUUCGGACUCUCUGUAAAGUCAGAGGAGCUGCUCUUAAACUUGGGCAAAUGCUUAGCAUUCAAGACGAUGCUUUCAUCAACCCUCAGCUAGCAAAGAUCUUUGACCGUGUUCGACAGAGUGCUGACUUCAUGCCCACCAAGCAAAUGAUGAAAACGGUGAACAACGACUUGGGCCCAAGCUGGCGUGAUAAUUUGGAGUUUUUUGAGGAGAAGCCAUUUGCUGCUGCCUCAAUUGGUCAGGUGCACCUGGCUAGAAUGAAGGAUGGCAGAGAGGUGGCUAUGAAGAUUCAGUACCCUGGAGUGGCCAAGAGCAUCAGCAGUGAUGUGAAUAACCUAAUGGCUGUCCUCAGUAUGAGUAAUGCUUUACCUGAGGGUCUGUUUCCAGAGCAUUUGAUCGAAGUUAUGAGCAGGGAACUUGCUCUAGAGUGUGACUAUGUGAGGGAAGCCAAAUGUGCCAAAAAGUUCCAAGAGCUGUUGAAGGAUCACCCUUUCUUCUAUGUGCCAAAUGUAGUGGAUGAACUAAGUAGCCAGCAUGUCCUCACUACAGAGCUGGUGUCUGGUUUCCCCCUGGAUAAAGCUGAGGACCUGCCACAGGAACUCAAAAAUGAGAUCUGUGAGCAAAUUUUGAUUCUUUGCUUGAGAGAGCUUUUUGAGUUCAGAUAUAUGCAGACUGAUCCAAAUUGGUCAAAUUUCUUCUUUGACCCACAAAAGCACAAGGUUGCAUUGUUGGAUUUUGGCGCCACAAGGGGUUUUGAUUCAAGUUUUACAGACUUAUAUAUUGAGAUCAUUAAGGCUGCAGCAGACAGAAACAAAGAGGGGGUUUUACAAAAAUCAAUUGAUAUGAAAUUUCUGACUGGUUAUGAGUCAAAGGCAAUGAUGAAUGCACAUGUGGAUGCGGUGAUGAUUCUUGGGGAGGCAUUUGCUUCAGAAGAGCCCUUUGACUUUGCCAGUCAGAGUACAACAGAGCGGAUCCAUAGCCUCAUACCAGUCAUGCUAAACCAGCGACUCACACCUCCUCCAGAAGAGACCUACUCUCUUCACCGCAAGAUGGGAGGCUCAUUUCUUAUCUGCUCCCGCCUCAAAGCAAAGCUGAGAUGCAAGAACAUGUUUCAGAAGGCCUAUGACAAAUACUGGCGAGAUCGACAACUACAAACCCAGUAAUUAUUUUCGUGGAGCUCAUGGGGGGGAAUGUGGAAAACCAGAAUACUGAGGGGAAAAACCUAACAAACAAAAAAUCUUCGGCACUUCUAAAUGUGCAAUUUUGCUCUUUGACUUUAUUUGUAAAACCGAACAGAUUCGAGGUCUAACAAAUGAUUUAGAAGAGUUAUACCUUUUAAAUAAAGAUAUGUAUGCCGUGAAUAUUGUCGGUUUGUCUAUAAUGUUUCAAAUGAGAUUCUGUGGGAAACGUCAAUAUUGUAAUAGAAUGUAAACUGUCAAUGUCUUCUGAAUAGCAUGAAGUAUAAGGUAAUAAACGUGCAGAACGUUAUGUCAGUUUGGCGAUGCCAAGCCCAAUCAGACUAAUUAUAGACUUAAUUGUAAAAGAUCCAGUACUGUAUUUGAUGGUAAUAACUAUGUAUAUAAUUUUUUUUUGGCCACUUGUAAAAAGCAUUCAAACCACAGCGCAUUUGAAUUAUUUCAAAAUUCAGGUUGAUUAAUCUAAUACAUCAUUGUUAACACUGUGACAAGGACAUGGGUUGUGAACAUUCCUAAUAAAUGUGUUGAAAAAUGUAUGUAAUAGUUUAUAUGGGUAAAUGUUUGCCUUUUGUUAGAUUUCCUGAAAGUGUGACAUCAUUCUAAAUAAAUGACUAAAAAUG